AUGAUUGAGAAGGAGAACCGUUAUGCUGAGGAGGGUUUAGGAUAUGUUAGCUUUCUGGCAGGGUCAGUUUGGUCAUCAUCGGAACAUAGUCAUUUGGAAGGUAGUGCCACAUUGUUUGAUGUGGUGUCUUUGGAGGAAAGGAAUCUAGAAGUUUUGAGGAUUGCUUAUCUUCCCACAGCCUGGACAAGAGUGUCUUUUAGUCCUUCCUCUGGAGCUAGUAUCGAGGGAAAGAAUCCAUACUCUGUGAAUAUCCUUCUGGCUGGCUACGAUAAGGAGACAGGCCCAUCCCUUUACUAUAUUGACUACAUCGCUACACUUCAUAAACUUGACAAGGGAGCAUUUGGUUAUGGGUCCUAUUUUUCUCUCUCCAUGUUGGAUAGGCACUACCACAGUGGCAUGUCGGUUGAAGAAGCAAUUGAUUUGGUUGAUAAGUGCAUAUUGGAGAUUCGAUCCCGGUUGGUUGUGUCACCACCAAACUUUGUUAUCAAGAUUGUUAACAAGGAUGGAGCAAGGGAGUAUGCCUGGCGUGAAUCUGUCAAGGAUGGUGCAGUUUCUACAGCCUAAAUUCCUUUUUAUGUUUUAAUUUAAAUGAGUUAAAAGGGAAAGUUACAUAUCUCUUCCUGAACUUUAGAUUGAAAUACUCGUACCGACUAUUCUUGUUUCAUUUGCUGAUAUGCCAGAAUAGUUGUAUUGUUAGAAAAUUAAUACAACGCUUGUGUUUUUCCA